AUGUGGCUACUUGAAUGUGAAGGUGAAGUUCUCGCUGGUAAGAAACUAUGGUUGAAGCCUGGCAAGAAGUAUGUCCUAGGCAGAGUUCCGUCUGAAGAAGUAAAUCUGCCGAUGCCCUCACAAAAAUCAAUAUCCAGGAUUCAUUUGGUCAUCGAGGUUGAAAUGGUUUCAGAGGGUGAUGGGCUGAAGUUACACUAUCGUCCAAAUGUUCUCGUUCAAGACUGUGGCACCAGACAUGGAACCAGACUCGAUGGCGAAGAAAUGAGAGAUCAGACCAAGACAUUAAGCGGAGACGAGCACUUUCUUCAUCUUGGGAAGCUGUUUUGGGAACCUGUUGUUAUCUCUUUCUCUCUUUCAAGCAAAGAACGCAAAGAUAUUAAGAAAGCAAUGAGACCUUACCAAAAGAAGGUCGAAAUUCUUGAUAUCAAAACAAUCGGCGGAUAUGUUCCAGAAACUACACAUGUCAUUGCGACUAAACGUAACACCGCUGUGGGAUUACAAGCGCUGAUAAACGGAAAACGUAUAGUCACGCCCGAGUAUCUUGAUGCUAUCGUCGAGGCCAAUACCCCGAGAGAUGAUGAUCGAGUGAAAGGGUCGCCCUUAGAAGUAGACUUUGAAGGGAAUUGGCCAAACCCGGAGAGCUACCUUCCACCGCGCACUAACGAACCUAAAGACCGAGAGCCUUGGAGAUUUAGACCGGAUAAGAAGAGGAACUCUCUGUUCGAAGGCUAUACUUUUAUAGUUUGCGAAAGGGUUCAGUAUGAAAACUUUUUAGGUCCGAUCACGGACGCACAUGGAAAAUUAGAGAUGUUUGAUCUGGAACCGAAGAAGACAACAGCUGAAGAAUUGGUACAGUUCGUGAAUAAACGAGAGAGGGGGUCGCAAGUUGUCAUAGUCAGAUUUAUCGGAAAGCAGGAUCCGGAAUGGGUAAAUCAACUUUCUACAGAAGUACAAGAAAUGCUGGGCUUUCGUAUGAUAGAGCAAAACGAAUUCUUGGAUAUUAUCCUAAUGUGUGAUACGAGCCGUUUGAGGCUGCCUCUUCGAGAGCAACCUACAAAUUUGUUAGCUGAUCCCGGUCAGGUAGAAAUGACUCUUUCCACUCGUAUCCCUAAUAAUCCACCCUCUAAAUCAACUCUUACGCCAACGAAAUCGAAUAUGGAAAUACUAGAGACUACUGCCCCCCAGAUGCCAAUUCCAUCAGCCAUGGUUUCCGGACGUGGACGUGGAGGUGGAAGAGCUCGGACUCGUCAAACAACGCUUGACCCAUUUGCAAUCGAUCCAUCGGAAUUCAAACCACCCCCAGUCCAAAGCCUAUCAAGUACUACAAAUCAAAAGACGGAGCUACAGGAUUCUGGGGCUAGAGUGCCCUCACCUCCUGCACGCACUCAAGCUUCUUUUCAGGUCAAAGAGACUGCUAGCCAGAGUUCAGUAAGGCAGACACGCCAGACACGCCAGACACAUCAAAGCCAGAGAAUUUCCGAUACACCUAUAGAAGAAGAAGAUGAUGAGCGAAUGUCCGUAUCGACUACAGAGUCGAGUACUAGAUUACCUGCCCCCCCAUGCGUUGUCAUUGUUGAUCGAAAACGCCCGGCUGCAAUUGAGGGUCCGGAAUUUGAUAUAAUGGACAUGCUUCCUGGGGCUAGAGAAGUGAAACGGCGGAAGAUUGCAGAGGAAGAAGAGCGGAUCCGAAGGGGGGAAACAAUAAUGGAAGAGCCUCGCGAAUCCAUACCACCAACGGACGAACCAGCUGAAGUCGUCAAAACGCCGGAGCAAACACCUCUGAAAGGCAAAAGUAAGAAGGCUCUAAGUGAGAAAGAGGAUUCAUAUGUUGCAAGAGCUCGUGAAAUCAAACAACAGGAAGAAGAAAAAGCUAGAAGAGCAAGGGAAGAGGAACUAGCGGCGAUGGAUGGUCUUGAGGUUGAGAAGAUGAGAAACUUGGCUAUCGUAGAGGUUAUGGAGAUCAAGCCAAGGACCGAUAAACCGAUUAGAGGCGUAUAUGGUGAUGAUGGCGAUAGAUGGGAUGACAAGUGGAACGGGAGGAAAAAUUUCAAGAAAUUUAGAAGGCAAGGAAGGGGCGGAGGCAUGAGGACUAUGAGGGGCAGCGUAAUGGUGAAUUUGGUUGAGCACAAAGGGAAGGACUAUGGGAUUGGCGACGGCUACUGGGUUGAUGAUGAAAGUAAUAAAUCAACAAGAAAGACGGCUCGGGAAACGGCGUCAGUGCUGGUUAACGAAGACAGUGGAGACUCCGAUAAGGGUGAUACUCAGUUUCGACCUGCCCCCACUAAUUCAGCGCGAUCUACAAGGCAGACACAAACGCAGGCACACACCCAAGCCUCAAGCCAAACGGUUUCUAUAGCGGAUUCGCCUUCUCGAGGAAUAAAGAGGGGCGCAUCUGCUGCCAAUUUAGGUAGGAUGGGUGUUGGAAAGAAACAGAAGACUAUGUUUCUGAAGAAUGAGAGCGAAAGCGAGGACGAGAGUGAGGACGAAUUGAAAUUCAGAUUUAAAAAGAGAUAA